AUUUGUUUCGUCCAACUGAUUCCACAUCGUCUACCUCCUCGGAGCAAGGGAGCGCCAAUGAGUGGGAAGGUUGACUUCGGCGGAGAUCGGGAGCUGAGCUCGAAUCCAGAAGUCACCAAACUCCGGCAAAUUUUCUCUCAGGUUCCAGCGUCAGCAGAUGGCUGGGAAAAAUCCUGGGAGAAAGGAGUUACUCCAUGGGACCUGGGUCAACCAACGCCUGUAGUUUUACAUCUCCUUGAAACCGGAACGCUUCCAAAAGGGCGCAUAUUGGUCCCUGGAUGUGGCACUGGGUAUGAUGUGGUUGCUAUGGCCAGCCCUGAUCGUCAUGUUUUAGGCUUGGAUAUAUCAAGCACUGCUGUUAAGAAAGCUAACGAGUGGUCAUCCUCUUUGCCAAAUGCAAAUUAUUUCAACUUUUUGGCAGCAGAUUUUUUCACUUGGCAGCCAAUGGAAUUGUUUGAUAUGGUUUUUGAAUACACUUUUUUUCCUGCCAUAGACCCUUGCAUGAGGCCAUCUUGGGCAAAGAAAAUGGCUGAUAUUUUAAAACCAGAUGGAGAGCUCAUAACACUUAUAUAUCUGAUCGAUAAUCGUGAAAGCGGACCACCAUUCAGUAAUUCUCUAGCUGACUAUGAGGAAGUGCUGAAACCAAUGGGUUUUACUGCCCUUUCAAUUCAGGAUAACGACCUAGCGGUUGGGCCACGCAGGGGGAAGGAGAAGCUUGGAAGGUGGAAAAGAUGUUCAAACAAUUCAUCACUCUGAAUUAACCAUUUACUUUUUUUUGAAUAAUAUAUCCCAAUUUGUUGUGGAGUAUAUAGCUUCUGACAACAAUUAUGGGGUCAAAUUUGUCCUAUUAAUAAAAAUUCUAUGCUUUGAUUACUGAUAAAUUUGCAAGCAAAUGCAGAAGUUUUCACAUUUAAGCUUCCACACUAAAAAGCAAGUCUUGCACAAUUGGAGAUUGGCAGUUUGGAGACAGACUUGUAUGAUGAAGCUUUGUCAUAAUGAAGAAAAUGUCGAAUACUUCUGUGUGAUAUACAUUUAUUUGUAUUUGUUGUGUAUCAAUUUUUAUGCUAUAUUCUGUUCAUGUUGGUGUGUCUUAAUUUAUCAAAGUUUUUA